ACAACAGGAGUGCAAGGAGUGACUCAGGUAAGCAGGAACGCUCCUGAUGAGAGAGGACCCUUGAGAGAGGGAAGCAGCGUGGUGGAGUGAGAGGUAGAGAUACUGGAGGAGGAGGAGGAGCUAUAGAGCUGGGAUUUUUGAGGAGGAAGAAAAGAGGAAUUGCACAGAACCUGAAAAUCUCUGUAUCUGGACACCCAGGGUGGGCUUACAAGGAAGGGACAGACAGGGGAUACAGGCAAGACGGAUGUGGAGUGAUGCAAGCGCUCUGAUUGGAUACACUAGAGAGCACUGAGAGACACACACACACACACAGAAGGAAGAAAAUGACAUUUAGUUUUUGUUGCAAGACUAUUCGGGGGGCUUAAGCCAGAGGGAGGCUGGAAGAGAGGAGGGUUGUUUUUUUUUCUUUUUCGACAGGGUGAGUCAGGACAGAGAGAGAGAGAGAGAGAGAGGGGGGUGAGGUAGGGUAGUGGGAGGGUAAAUAAGGAUGGCAGAUGAGCCACCUGUCCUUCUCAGAUGAGGUGAGCACACACACAUUAACACAAAAAGACAUACGAACCUUGCACACUCCUCAGCACAUCAGACUGGUCGUUAGAUCGGAUCCCGGCUCCAGACUUUGAAGAUCCUGUGAGGUGUUUUUUUUUUUUUUUUUGGCGUCCGGAUCACCUGAACUUAACCGAGGACAUAACUUAUGAGAGGGACCGGCCACUGAACCACCGUCCCCCUCAUCCCCAACCCUUUGCGAGAACCUGUGGACAUUAAGGGGUGUCUUUUUGCGGGAUCCCCAACUCGGCUGAAGAGCAGGCGAUCAGGUGGAUCACCUGUGCCAUGAGGAUCCUAUGUGUGUGAGCCUGGCCUGAGACGACCUACCACCUAUCGGCCUGUCCCCUCCUCCUUCCCCCAACUGGAUGUCUUGAUGUAUUGCUGUGGGCUGGGACACUGGCGGAGAGUGCAGUCCACCUAUGGAGAGCGUCAGGACUCGGAUGCCGUUGAGGAAAGAAACGCUCAGGUGCAGCUGGAGAAGGCCAAGUACAAACCUGUGGCAUUCGCAGUACGUUGCAACUUCUCUUACACGCCAGCAGACGACGACAACGUUCCCGUACCAGGCCAGGCUGUCACCUUUGAGGCCAGAGACUUCCUCCAUGUUAAAGAGAAAUUUAACAAUGAGUGGUGGAUCGGACGGCCGGUGAAGGAGGAUGGUGUGGUGGGCUUCAUCCCCAGUCCAGUCAAUCUGGAAACCAUUCUCAUCAGAAGAGAAGUCCAGGCGAGGAAAGCUGCCAAGGCCUUAGCCAACAAAGCGACUCAAGCAACUCAAGACAUGAACUCAAAGAAAUAUACUCCUCCAUCACAAGCCAAUCAGCAGGUGAAAAAGAAACCGGGGGAGCAGGUGUCUAUGUAUGAUGUAGUGCCUACAAUGCGUCCUGUGGUUCUAAUGGGACCAUCACUGAAAGGUUUAGAGGUUACAGAUAUGAUGCAAAAAGCACUAUUUGACUUUUUAAAACAUCGAUUUGAAGGCAGAAUUACAAUUACACGGGUCACAGCAGACAUCUCUCUGGCUAAGCGGUCCAUCCUCAACAACCCGGGCAAAAAGGCCUUAAUGGACCGGUCGAACACCCGCUCCAACUUAGAUGCUGCCGCUCAGAUUCAGGGGGAGGUGGAGCGCAUCUUUGAGCUUGCCCGCAGCCUGCAGCUGGUGGUUUUAGAUGCAGACACAAUCAACCACCCACUCCAGGUGUCCAAAACCUCCCUGGCACCAAUCCUAGUCUAUGUCAAGAUCUCCUCACCAAAGGUUUUGACAAGACUUAUCAAGACUAGAGGGAAGUCACAGACCAAACAUCUUAAUGUUCAGUUGGUGGCAGCAGACAAGCUUGCCCAAUGUCCACCGGAAAUGUUUGAUGUCAUCUUAGAUGAAAACCAGCUAACCGACGCCUGUGAGCACAUAGCUGAUUACCUGGAGUCUUACUGGAGAGCCACUCAUCCACCAGAGAUGGAGCCUGUCAACGCACUGGUGGCCCAGCUGGCUGAGAACACACUGCCCACCAGUCCCUCAGCAAAACCAGAUGGGCAGAAAAACAAGAAGUCAGCUGCCCCAAAGAGGAAGGUUUCCCGGGAGAACCAUCUAGACCAGGAGCCCCCUUCAGCCCCAGCACAGGAACAGAGGGCUGCAGAGGGCCAAAAAGAAGAGGAAGAGCGCCUCCUGAGGACUGAACCAAAGAGACCCCAGCACACCCACCACCAUCACCAUCACCAUCAUCACCGCCGGAUGGAGCACCACAGCCACACCCAGCACAACCAAACAUCUGGUGGCCUGGAAGUACAGUCGAGCAGGGAUUAUAGCCAAAGGCUUCCACGCAGGCACCUGCAUGAGGAGAGGGAUGACGAGGUGGAAGAUGUGGUGGAGGACGAGGAGGAGGAGACUCGCUAUAACCACCGGGGCCAUAAUCACCACCAUCAUAACAGCAACCACCAACAUCACCACCACCACCACCAACAUCACCGUGGGAACAGCCAGCCACACGUCGGGGAAGACUAUGAGCAGGAGCACAAUGAACGCAACCGACAGCACAGGCAUCACCCGCAUCACGCGCAUAUUCCACCACGGACACACCACACGGAUCACUAUUCUGCACACAAUCAUCACAGCUACCACCACUACCACGGCAGAGACAGGGACAGAGACAGAGAUAGAGAAAGAAACAAGGACAGGGAAAGAGACAGAGACAGGGACAGAGAUAGGGAUCGAGGCAGAGAUAGAGACAGAGAUGCACGACAAUGGCACAAAGAUUCUUAUAUACACUAGUGACUGUGUUUCUUUUGUGGGUUUGUGCAUGGUUUUAUGCUGCUCAAGUUAUAAUGCACUAAUGGAUGGGGCAGAGAAGUGGGACAUCUUUGUAGACAACAUUUCUCCUUUUUUUUGUUUUGUUUUUUGUAUUAACUAUUUUGUCUGUCUUAUUUUCCACCUGGUUCACAUGGCUCUAUGUCUGUAGUUUUGCACAAACAUCCGUAAAAAACAAAUGCAACGGUGUGCUCGUGCAGUCUAAAAUGUUAAUUUUGCAUUGGUCACACAAAUGUAUGGAAGCCAAGGGUGGUCAUGUUUGCUGUUAUCUCAGGAUAAAAUGUUUGUUUUCUUGUGAUAAAAAGCUAAUUAAAACAAAUGUAAUCCAAUGAACAUUCCUGCAAUAAAUCCUACCUACGUGAAGAUUGCAUUAAACUUGACAGCUGGUUAUAUUUGUGAGACACUUAAAACAAUGACACAUAUUUGAAACUGUCUCGUUCACUUGUGCUGUACGCACUUCACACCAAAUCUGUGAAAGGUUAGGGAAGAAAUGGCAAUAAAAUAACCACCUAUGGGGACCUAUUUUAUAAAUGCUGUGGACAAAAUCCAGUUUGAGAGCAUCACAUACACUACAUCCUCCAAAAUAAGUAAUUCAGAUGAAUUAAUACCUAGCUAAGUGUAGCUAAUGAAUUGCCUGUAUUUUAACGAAAAGGGGUCUUUUUUUUUUUCCUCUCUCCAAAAAACAAGUGAGUUAAAACAAUUAGUCAAUUAAUCAGUUUGUCCGUUGACAUAAAAAAUAAUUCACAAUUGAUCAUAAUCAUAAUUGUGAUCUGGUCUCUCUCAAAUGUAAGAUCUGCUGUUUCCUUUAAAUGUUUUAUAUCUUUGUAAAUAUGGUAUCUUUUGGUUUUGUUAAAGAAGUUAUCCAAAGAUGUCACCUUGGCCUUCUGUAAGGCUUUUUUUUUUUUUUACACUAAAUAGUUAAUUGAUCAAUCAAUCAUGGCUAUAGCCCAAAACUGAUUAUCACAAGAAAACAUCUGUUAUCCCAAUGUAAUAAAGUACUUAACUUGUAAUCUUAAGAUAAUAGGCCAAAAUAAAAUUAUCAAAACAACAGCUUCCAUACAGUGAAUGCAUUUUAUGAUUUAUUUAAUUUAAUUUUUUUUGUCUACAAACUUCGAUAAUGGGAUGUUUUGUUGGUCAAAUAUAUGUGGGAAACAACACACUCUGCCCCCAUGUGUUUAAAUUGGUGUACCUUCAAAAGCCAACGAUUUCUUUUAAACAUUGGUAAGGAAAUUCAAACUAUUUUUCUACAUGAUUCUAAAGGGAAGUCAUACUUUGCUUCCUACUUUUUAAAAACGGUGUUCAAGCAUAUUUAUUGACUUGCAUUUGCUCUGUGUGGAAGCCUGAAAAAUCGUUUGGUGACAAUGACCUGUGCUAUAUGCUGGAUACUCUAUGCAUCUUCUUGUGAUAAAAUAUAUUGCUUGAAUACAAUCUCUAUGCAUUUGUACAUACUUCAUAAUUGCCUUGUUGGGUAUAUGUAAGGAGAACCAGAGAGCCUGUUGCACUGUUUGGUAGAACUUGACCCACUGUGUAUGGUUGCUUUGAGUUGAUGAGACUGAAUUGACUCUGUUCCUUUUAAAAUGAUUUGUUUUGGUUAUGUUUGUUUUGUACAGCAGUUAAUUUUGACAGAUAUGCAUUCUAUUGUUGAAAUGUCAUUAAAAUGCAAAAACAAAGAGCGUGCUAAGUGACAUUUCAUUUGAAGAUGACAGCACCUCCUGCACCUAUUAUACUGUCCUUUGUCCUUCAUAUAAUUUCAAACUGGUUAAUCUUUUUUAAUGUGCUAUUUGAGAAGUUUUCUGCCAUGUACCGCCAAUCCAAUCCAAUCUGCAACAGAGAUAUGAACUGAUAUAAACCUGUGACUAUUUAUUUUACAGGCUAACCCGUUUGGCAUCAUCACAGUUCACUUGUUAAGAAAACAAUUUUAAUAGAAACAGUAACUAUUCUGAUUAAACAAAAAAAAUCAGCAAAGACAAAACGGCUUUUUGUACCAAGCGGUGGUCCAAAUUGCUGCUUUUGGCACUUUGACACAGGCUUCAUCAUUUUACAGUCACAGAGAAAUAAUAUAUUUGCAGCCUAGUUCAAAAGAGAUUUGGUCUCUAUAGCUACUUUUUCCAAGUUCAUGGGGGUGAAUUUCUAUUUAACUCACCCGUUCAAAUUGUAUUAAGGCUUAAAGUUUGGCAUAACUAAUAGCUUGGCUUGUUUGAGCAGCCAGGCUUCAUUCGGUUCACCUCCACUCCACCCACGCUCCCAUUUUGGAGAUGCUGGCAGAGGCAGAACUGCCAGGAUGGAGGUGGCCAGAUACGACCACAGUAAACAUCAGAACAGCUCUUUUACAAGACACACAUUUAAUCUCUCUGUGUGCAUGUUUAACCUUGUGUUGUAGCCUUUAUGUGGUAUUUUAGGGAAAGGCUAUAGCUGUGAGUUAGUAUGAUGAACCAUCAUGUCAUAAAAGUGACCAUGGUGCUUUUCAGUUGCUAUUAGAUUAAUUUAAAGGUAGAAACGUAUGAAAGGAGCUAGCGUCUGCUGCAAAAAAGGCUUAUUGUGGAGGAAAUCCAGUCAUUUUGUAUGGUAUACUUCUGUUUUGAUUCAUGAAUUUUUGAUUUUUACACAAGUAUAAAUGGAGGUCAGUCAGCGAUUGGCGGUUUAAAAAGUUGAACAGCUGGUGCUGCAAAGUAGCACUGCAAUGUUUUUGUUAUUUUGUGUUCAUUAGUGUGUGAUGACAUGAGAAAAGUUUGUGUCCAUAAUUUCUUGACAUUUAUUGCUCCACCACAACGCUAUGAAGGUUGUUUAGAAAGCCUUUUGCAGCAAAGUUAUAUAAGUUUUAACUGUGACUACACAUAAACACUGCCAUAGCCAGCAGCCUCAAGAUUAACUUUUUUUCUCACGGUUAUUUUAGUGCUUCUCAGUGAACUUUUCUCACCUCCAGCAGAUUGAUCACUGCUCAUUGUUUUAUUUUUCAUGAGAAACCUUGAAAAAUAAGCAGCAAGCACAACAAGCAGAUAUAAAAUGACAGGAUUCUUGUGUAAGUCGACUAAAAGUGUAAACACUCUACAGUAGCAAAUUAAAGACAUUACUUAAAGUAAGUAAAGCUAAGCACUUCAA